CGGAUUCACUCGCCAGCUAGAGAUCUGGCAGUGUCUGUCAGUUCCCACUAUGUCCCACCCGACCGACGCUGCCGCCCCUGAGUUCGACUUUUUGAGCUGCUUGCCGCUGGACAUCGCCAUUAACAUCCUGAGCAUGCUGGAUGCACAGAGCCUCCUGAUGGCGAGCCGCGUCAACAGAGCCUGGUUGAGUCUGAGCCGCGAGGCACUGCUGCAGGCGCAUGACUACAGAGACACCUGGUGGCUGGACGCCCCCAACUGGAAGCACCUCUCCCAGCUGUCGGCGAUCCUCGCUGAUGGAGGGAGUGAAGUGGGCAGGGAUGCAGUUCAGCAGCGGAACACACCAGCGAGCGACACUGCCAGAGAGGAGAUGCUGUUGGAAGUUGGGAGGCAGUUGGAAGAGAUGCGGCUCAAAGUGCGGGGCGAAUGGAAGCGUCUGGAGGUGGACAUCUCGGCGCAGCUGGAGCUGGACCCGUGGUGCCCGCUGCAGCCGGAUGUGUUCAUAGGCCUGCUCAAGAACCAGAACAAAGGGCCUGCAGGGGCAGUACGCCCGAGGGACGCCUAACGCCACAGCCAGAGCCAAGGAAAUCAUGUGCCACCACUGCACUGCGGCAGGCAUGCGGUUAUUUUGGGUUUUUCCACUGACUUCGCCAAAGAAACAAAAAAUAGGGUAACUGGUAUAAAUGGCACUCAAUAAAAUAAUGUUCAUAAAAUUGUGAUUGUGGUGGUACGAUUAAAACUUAAGAGUUGAUACUUC